AUGCUGAGUGUCCUGAUCCUCGCCCUGCUCUGGAGGGGGUCCCUGUCCCAGCAGCCCGAAUAUACCCUGACGGUGCCGCAGUCGGUGUCGGUGCAGGAGGGUCUCUGCGUUCUUGUCCCCUGCACUUUCACAUACCCAGCCGUGUAUGACACCUACAAUUCCCGGGCCCGGCUCUUCAGAUACUGGUAUAAGGAUCUGGUCGAUGUGCGCUAUGAUCCGCCUGUGGCCAGCAGUGACCCCAACCGGAGGGUGUCGCAGCAGACCCAGGGCCGAUUCCAGCUGGCGGAGAAUCCGGCGCACGGCGACUGCUCCCUACAAAUCAGCGACGCCCGACGGACGGAUGCAGGGAGAUAUUUCUUUAGAGUCGAGGGAGACUUUAGCUACAAUUACCGCUCCAGUACCGAUCGCACUGACCUUACGCUCACGAUCUCCGUGCCAAGGCUGACGGAGGAGCCAGAGAUCCAGAUCUCGCCAGCACGGGGGCCGCCAGGGAUGCUGCUGGCUGGGGAGCCGGUGACUGUGACCUGCACGGCCCCUGGGCGCUGCUCUGGGACCCCUCCCCAAGUCACCUGGACGGGGCCGUUCAGCUACACAGCCCGGGACGUCUCAACACAGCUGGCAAACGGCACCUCGUCCCACAGCUCCACGCUCCGCUUCACGCCCACCCCGGGGGACGAUGGCAAAAAGCUUGUCUGCACCGUCACCUACAAGCCCCGAUGGGAACCUUCCACCAGCAGAACCAUCCAGCUCCGUGUCGGCUACCCGCCCGGGCCCCCCAAAAUCACCGGAUCCCUGACCAGGAACAGACGCCCCGUGCCAGAUGCAUGGGGAGCUGAGGGCAACGUCAUGUCUCUGGUGACCCAGGAAGGCGACUCCCUGACCCUGAGCUGUGAGGCUGGGAGCAGAACUGAGGUCACCCUGAGCUGGGCGAGGGUGAAUGGAUCCCUGAGCCCCGGCCAGGGAGGGGCCGGGUACCUGGAGCUGCUGAAUCUUAGCCCUGGGGACGUUGGGGAGUAUCAGUGCUGGGCGAAGAAUUCCUACGGGUCGGCCAGCCGGGCCCUGCGUGUGCACGUGCAGUAUCCUGGCACCCUCUUGGCCAACGGCUCACAGCUCAUGGGCCAGGAGGGCGACUCCCUGCGGUUCCUCUGCUCCAUUGCCAGCAGCCCCCCCGCAGUGCUGGGCUGGGAGAGGGGGGGCCGAGCCCUCGAGGGUGCCCGCCUUCCGGGGAAGAAUCAGCUGCAGCUGGAGCUGCCCAACGUGACGGCCGAGGACGGGGGGCUGUACAGGUGCUGGGCCAAGAACAAGGAGAGCUCUGCCCAGGGGACGUUCCAGCUGCUCGUCGAGUACAGCCCCCGGCCGGGGACUGGGCUGAACUCGUCCUGCCAGCGCCAGGGACCCAGUGUCAGCUGCAGCUGCUCCCUGCGCGCACACCCCCCACCCCGGCUCCAGUGGCAGGUGGAUGGGGAGCCCCUGGCUGGAAACGGCUCUUGGGGGGCCCUGCAGGUCAGCUCGUGGGCCCAGGGGGACGAGGCCGUCAGCACCCUGAGUUGGACGGGGAGCGGGGACAGGGGCUCCCAGAUCUUCUGCCUCGGCUACAACCCCCAUGGGACAUACGCCGCCCUGCACUUUGAACUCAGCCCCCCACAGAGAGGUGCGGAGGAGCCUGGCAAGCUGCUGGGCGUCGGGGUGGCCUGUGGGCUGGGGGUCACUGUCGGCUUCUUCCUUCUCGGGCUCUGUGUGAUCAAGCUGCGGGGCCGGGGGCCGGCGCCCCCCAGUGGUGAGGCUGGGGAGAUGGCUAACAGGAGCCAGGCCGAGCACACCGCUGACGAGGCCAGCCUGAUCUACAGUAACGUCCCCACCAUGCCCAUGGAUCACAAGACUCCAGCCACCCACCGGACCAAAGGCUUCCAGGACAGGGCUGCAGCAGCAAAGGUCCCGCUAGGCCCCGGGGAGCCGGAGGAGCUGCACUACGCCGCCAUCGACUUCUCCAAGCUGCAGCGCAAAGGGGCGGAGCCUCCGGAGCCCCCCACCACAGAAUAUUCUGAGGUCCAGCGGAAAUAG